AUGGCCACCGGCAGAGGCCUUGUUGCUCUCGCAACACUCGGAUCUCUCCAACAAUGCAUGGCCACCGCCAACCUCCCGCCCGCUGUCCUGAAACGAGAUACCUCGCCGCCUGAGGCGGGCAGCCUUACGAAGAGGGAAGUCUGCUCGGACGGCACCCGAUGCAUUGUAGGCAGCUGCUGUGGUGACGGGUGCUCCUGGAAUUGUUGUGGUCUGGACCAAGGUGGAUUUGGAUGCGAUCUGGGCGCGCGGUGCCAGUUCGACGGCAAUGUGUUCAUCGGAUGCUGUGACAAUUUCGUUGGCGGCUGCACCGGCGAAGCCACCCGCAUCACCGUUCACACUCCUUACAGCACCGCCACCUUGAGCGACUCGACAGCUAGCGUAUUAGCCGCGACAAGUUCUUUAUCGACUUCGUCCAUCACCGCGUCAAGCGCAACGCGUACUACACCACCUUCAGCACAAACCAAACCGACCUCGGAACCAACCACCGCCCUCCCAUCCUCCACCUCAUCCAGCAGAUUAUCGCAGACGGAUUCAACAUCUGCAGCGACAGGAGCAACCAACGCAAGCCCAGCAUCGAGCACAUCCUCCUCCUCCUCCUCCUCCUCCUCCUCCUCCUCCUCCUCCUCCUCCUCCUCCUCCUACUCCACCUCCUCUUCUUUAUCCACAGCCCUAUCCACCACACCCGCACAAACCCAAUCCCCCAACAGUGCCGACAUACCCCAUUCCCAAGCCCGGGAAAUAGCCACUCUCGUCGGACUAGCAGCCCUCGCAUCCUGGUAUCUCUUUUAG